CCUCCGCCACGAGCGCCGUCUAGCAGGCAUCUUCAACGAUGCACAGACUCGCUCGGCUGCCCCGCGUCGUACAGACCGUGCACGGCGCCCGCUUCCGCUAUGGCCUCCAACCGCUGGCCCGCACGUACGCGACCGCCGCCAAGGCCCCCUCGCCAAACGACCCCUUCGCGAACGGCACGAACGCUUACUACGCUGAGGAGAUGUACAGACUCUGGAGGCAGGAUCCCAAGUCUGUGCACGCGUCGUGGGAUGUCUACUUCUCCGGCAUGGCCAAGGGCUUGACCAGCCCGCAGGCCUUCCAACCCCCUCCCAGCUUGGUUCCUACCCCCACCGACGGCGCGCCUGCGUUGCACACUAACGGUGGCGCUGAGCUGGAUGACCAUUUGAAGGUCCAACUGCUCGUCCGUGCAUACCAAGUGCGCGGUCAUCACGUUGCCGACCUUGACCCCCUGGGUAUCCUGGACCCCGAUCUCAACCCUGUGCACCCGCCUGAGCUAGAGCUAAGCCGGUAUGGCUUCUCUGAGCGCGACCUCGAGAAGCAGAUCACCCUUGGUCCUGGUAUCCUUCCCCAUUUCGCGACGGAAGACAGGAAAACGAUGUCAUUGGGCGAGAUCAUCAAACUUUGCAAACGCAUCUACUGUGGUGCCAUGGGUAUCCAGUACAUUCACAUUCCCGACAAGGAGCAAUGUGACUGGAUUCGGGAGCGUGUCGAGAUCCCAAAACCGUGGAACUACACCGUGGAGGAGAAGCGGAUGGUGCUGGACCGCUUGAUUUGGUCAGAGUCGUUCGAGAAGUUCAUGGCGAGCAAAUACCCGAACGAGAAGCGGUUCGGUCUCGAGGGCUGCGAGUCGCUCAUUCCCGGAAUGAAGGCGCUCAUCGACCGCUCGGUCGAGCACGGCGUCAAGCAUGUCACGAUCGGCAUGCCCCAUCGUGGUCGUCUCAACGUCCUCGCGAACGUGAUCAGGAAACCUAUCGAGGCCAUCCUGAACGAGUUCUCGGGCACCGCGGAGGACGACGACUUCCCCGCUGGUGAUGUGAAGUACCACUUGGGCGCCAACUAUGUGCGUCCCACGCCUUCGGGGAAGAAGGUCGCGCUGUCCCUCGUUGCCAACCCCUCACAUCUCGAGGCCGAGGACCCCGUUGUGCUUGGCAAGACUCGUGCACUCCAGCAGUUCGAGCAGGAUGAGCAGACGCACAACACGGCCAUGGGCGUGCUGCUCCACGGUGAUGCGGCGUUCGCCGGCCAGGGUGUCGUUUACGAGACCAUGGGCUUCCACAACCUACCCAACUACGGCACUGGCGGAACGAUUCACCUGAUCGUCAACAACCAGAUCGGCUUCACAACCGACCCUCGAUUCGCGCGUUCGACGCCUUACCCAUCCGACAUCGCGAAGGCCAUUGACGCGCCGAUCUUCCAUGUGAACGGCGACAACGUCGAGGCGGUCAACUUCGUGUGCCAACUCGCGGCCGACUGGCGCGCGAAGUGGAAGAAGGACGUCGUCAUCGACAUCGUCUGCUACCGCCGCUACGGCCACAACGAGACGGACCAGCCCAGCUUCACGCAGCCGCGUAUGUACAAGGCCAUCGAGAAGCAGCCGACGACGCUCCAAAAGUACACCAAGUUCCUCGUGGGACGCGGUACGUUCACGGAGAAGGACAUCGACGAGCACAAGAAGUGGGUGUGGGGCACGCUUGAAAAAGCCGCGAGUCUCGCCAAGGACUACGUGCCGUCGAGCAAGGAGUGGCUCUCUGCGUCGUGGCCCGGGUUCCCCUCACCCAAAGAGCUUGCUGAGCAGACCCUGCCCACCCGUGCCACUGGCGCGUCCGAGGACACCCUCAAGCGCAUCGGCAAGGUCAUUUCGACCUUCCCCGAGGGCUUCAAGCCCCACCGCAACCUCGCUCGUAUCCUGACCAACCGCGGUAAGACCAUCGACGAGGGUUCGAACAUCGACUGGGCGACUGCCGAGGCCUUGGCCUUCGGUACGCUCGCGCUGGAGAACACCCACGUGCGCGUGUCCGGUCAGGACGUCGAGCGUGGCACGUUCUCGCAACGCCACGCGGUCAUCCACGACCAGGAGAACGAGCAGCAGUACGUGCCGCUGAACAACCUUGGUAGCAACCAGGCGCGCUUCGUUGUCUGCAACUCGUCGUUGUCCGAGUUCGGCACGCUAGGGUUCGAGCUUGGGUACUCGCUUGUCUCGCCGAGCUCGCUCACCAUCUGGGAGGCGCAGUUCGGUGACUUCGCGAACAACGCGCAGUGCAUCAUCGACCAGUUCAUCGCGUCUGGCGAGCGGAAGUGGCUGCAGCGCACUGGCCUGGUCGUCAACUUGCCCCAUGGUUUCGACGGCCAGGGCCCGGAGCACUCCAGCGGCCGUAUCGAGCGCUUCCUGCAACUGUGCGACGACCACCCGCACGUGUACCCUACCCCGGAGAAGAUUGAGAGGCAGCACCAGGACUGCAACAUGCAGGUUGUCUACCCUACGACCCCGGCAAACUACUACCACGUCCUCCGUCGCCAGAUCCACCGCGACUUCCGGAAACCGUUGAUCGUAUUCUUCUCGAAGUCCCUCCUCCGCCACCCUAAGGCCCGCUCAGACCUUUCCGAGAUGACUGGCGACUCGCACUUCCAGCGCUACAUCCCUGAUUCUCACCCAGAGAACCUGGUCGAGCCCGAAAAGAUCCGUCGCCACAUUCUCUGCUCGGGUCAAGUCUACCACACCCUCCUCCAGGAGCGUGAGGACAAGGGCAUCAACGACGUCGUGAUCAGCAGACUUGAGCAGGUCUCACCGUUCCCCUACGACCUCCUCACGCCCCACCUCGACAAAUACCCGAACGCGGACAUCCUCUGGUGCCAAGAGGAGCCCUUGAACAACGGCUCGUGGACAUACGUCGGCCCGCGCAUCAUGACCGCCGCGAACGAGACGCAGCACCACAAGGGCAAGUACCCGCUCUACGCGGGCCGCGAGCCCACGAGCUCCGUCGCGACCGGCAGCAAGGCGAUCCACAAGAAGCAGAUCGAGAAGUUCCUCGCGACCGCAUUCGGGCAGUAGGCCCCCGUCGGUCUUGGUCGGAAUCAUGCUCUCCCCUCUCGCUGCUGUCCUAUCUUGUCUGCCGCUUGCAUUACCCGCUGCUGUGGGCAUCCUAUACAUGUAUAACACGCUACAUAAUACCUAUUCACGCGAUCUAGCUAGUUUUUAUUGGAGCAGCGCGCGAUAUCCGGUCGACGUCGUCGACGUACAAUCACCGGUGCGUUGUAACUUCAGGCGUCACCCUGCCUGGGAGCGCUGAACAGGGUUAACGGAAUUGGAUAGGUACACAUUUAUCAGAACUUGACUUC